AUUUCUAGGGAUAAAUAGGAUAUUGUAUUAAAUUAAAAUUAAAAAUGGCGGCUUCUUCAAGCGAAAUAAAUCUAGAUGGUCGGCUUGAAAACUUUAUGCAAGAGGUAAGAAUUUGAUUUUUGUAAAACGUAGUAAAAGAAACAUUUAUCUAAUUGGUUAUUAUGUAUAUAAAGCGGAAAAUGUAGCACUUCGGAUAUUAUUUUUAUUUAAAAAUUGCAUAUAGAAAUACAUGGUUGUAUUACUGUAUAUUUAUUAUAUAUUUAUGUAAUUUAAUAUAGUGUUAUAGUCUGUUUAUCGAUAAAAUAUUUCAGGUGAAGACAAUUGAACAGCGAGACUCAGUUUUGACAAGCAAGCAGCAAAUAGACAGACUGUUGAAGCCUGGCUCAACAUACCUUAACUUAAACCCAUUCGAGGUAAAUUGGUAAAAUAGUUUAGUUUAUAAAGUCACAUAUAAAUUAGAACUGUCACAUAGCAUUAAAUGGGGUUUGGCUCUAAAUAAUUUGAAUAUAAUUCUUGUUUAGGUUCUUAUGCUUCCACCAGAAUCUACUCCUGAACAAAUCAAAAAGCAAUAUAGAAGGGUAUUGUUUGUUCUGAUUUUUUGUCAAAUAUACAAAAACCAGUCUCUCAAAUAUCUAAUCCUAUCAAUCAAUUCAUUUCCUAGUUGUCUAUUCUCAUACAUCCUGAUAAAAAUGCUGACGAUCGAGACCGUGCACAGAAUGCAUUUGAUGGUAAGAAUGGGCAAUUCCAGCUAUAUACUAAAUUUUUAUCUGGGCAAGAAGAACAAAAUCCAUUACCACAGCUAGAUAGAGCAUGUUAAAAUUAGUAAAAUUGCAAAGUUUGGUUGUGAAAUGUUAUAAAAUGCGGAAAAUAUAGCACUACGAAAUUUGCAAAUUUUGUAUUAAUUUGUAUUACGCACAGGAAUUUGCACCACUUUCAGCCCAAAUGUGGUGCAUUUUCCCGUGUGUAAUACAAUUUAAUACAAAAUUUUAACAUGCUCUUUCUAGCUGUGUUGAUGGAUUUUGUUCUUUUUGCCUAGAUCAAAAUUUAGUAUAUAGCUAGAAUCAUCCAUUCCAACCGUGGAAUAUUAUCUAUAAAAAUCCAUUUAAUUAAAAUUAUGUUGUGUUUCUUUGACAAUUUUUUUCAUUUGCAGAGCUAAAUAAAGCAUACAAGCUUGUUAACGAUGAAAAAGAAGUUGUUAAAGUGAAGGAAAUGAUUAACGAAGGAAAAGCUCUGGCAGAACAAAAGGUUUGAUCGAGAAUCAUUUGUAGUCCCUAAGCUUUCUUCCUUACAACUCUUGACCAAAAUAAGCAUUAUUCCCAUGACUCUUCUUACAAAGUCUUUUCUGGACUGCUAUUUAUUUGGUUAUUGGGUAGUUCCAGUAAAGAUCCACCCUGCCCGCAUGGAGGAAAUUUCUGCUGCCCUGAGGGGGAGGGGAGAAAAAUUUGUUUCUGAUAAUAGUAAGUGUAUUAGAACAUCCGAAGGGGGUAGGUGGUUGACUUCCAAUUACCUCUGUGGGGCAGGUAUGGAUGAUUUCUGGAAUGACCAGCUAGAACAAAAUUGUGAAAAUAGUUUGAUUCCUGUUUGUCUUCUUGUAGUUAUCUGAGAAGAGGAAGCAAGCAAGAAAAGAAGGGAAAAUGACAAUUGAAGAAGACGACCCAGACGUGGUUAGUAUCUGAGUGACCGCCCAUCUAAUGAUGAGAAUUAAUUUCCUGAGGCCAUCACUACUACAGUCGUAAGGCUGUUGAGUUUUGGAAGUACUAUUUAAAACAUGAACAGCAGUGUUUUAUCAGAUAUAAAGAUACAAGGCGAAGCCGAGUAUCUUUAGGUCUGAUAAAACAUGCACUGCUAAUGUUUUAAAUUGCUUCAAAAAUGAUCGAUGAAAUUUGUUAGCGAAGUAAUUUUCAAAAAAUAUGUUAUGUAAGUCGAGAAAAUCAAAGUUAAAGUUUAUGUUAAUCAAGGGAAAUCUCUAUCACAUAUAAAGAUACAACUCUAUCACAUAUAGAGAAGUCUCUAUCACAUAUAAAGAUAUAUUUUUCUUUGUGUUUUCCUCAUGAAUUAUUAAUGAUUUUUUAACCUUAUUUAAUUUUUCCUAGUAUACAAAAUAUGUGAGGACAACAACAAUUAAAUUAUUUGCUGAUUAUGAAUUGAGAAGGAAACACUUAGAGAAAAGAGACACAAUGGAAAGGUGGGUUAUAUCUUUUAGAUGACUCAUUGUAUACAACUUCAGUAUUUCAUAAUAUCAACCCUCAGAAUGUUGAGAAUCACACCUAAGAUUGUAGGAAUUUGCAUUCCUGAACUGCUAAAUUUCCCUUUCUCCCUCUUCUACAGGAUUUCCACAUGCAUAUUAUCCCUAAUUUAGGUGGCCAAAAAACCUCCUUGCAUGCUGGUAAGGAAAGACAAGAGUAAUUAGAGUUCAUUAGGCACAGUUCAGCCUUUUGAAUGAUGGUUUUUAAGGAGCAUUACAACCUUUUUAAUUGAAAAAACUAACUAGGAAAAUCUAUUAAGCAUAAUUCAAGAUCAGUGAACUCAAUGUUUUUUAACAUUUUGUAACAUUUUUAAUGUUAAAAACAUUGAGUUUACUGAUCUUGAAUUAUGCUUAAUUUGAUUUUCCUAGUUAGUUUUUUCAAUUAAAAGGGUUGUAAUGCUCCUUAAAAACCAUCAUUCAAAAGGCUGAACUGUGCAUUUAAGUUCAGUUUCUUGAAAUCCAAUAUGAUUUUUCAGAAAACGACAAAGAGAACAAGAAAUCAAGCAAGAAGAGAGUGUCAAGAAAAAGAAGGAAUGGGAUAAGAAAUGGGAGGUACGUAAAAAUUGAAAAUUCCUUUUGUUGUAGUCCUCAUUACCACCAUGAAUAGCUGCAAAAGUUUAAUACAAAGACACAACAGAAUUCAUUUCUUUUGUUCCCUCUGCUCAUCCUCACAGUUUUUUCAGAGACCACCAAGCUGGGGAUUCAACCAUACCUGCCCCCCCUUUCUGCCAUGCCCCCUCCCCUCCCCUUGACAUAUUAGGUUGAAAUAAUGUAACCUGACCUCAAUAGGCUUUGUUCACUCGCGUGGCCACUUCCAAACGCACUUUGCAGUCACUGUGAAUCAAAGCUUCACUGCAUUUUCUGCUCUUGUGUAUAAAAAGAAAGGUAUAGCGCAUGUGAAGCAUGUUGUCCCUUGAGUGCAUAAAUAGCAUCGCAAAAAUCUUCAAUGACGAUGGUUUUUGUUAAUUAAAUAAAAUUGAAAUAUGGCGAUGCACAUGCAGGUCACGAAAAUGUUUUCCUAAUCGUUUGAAUGAACUUUACACUAUUACUGGAAUCAAACCUAAGCUAAUUCAACUUUGAAAUAUUUUGGAUGUUUAUCAAAGCCGUGAUAAGAGCUUUGUUAAACGAAUGAUCCCGGGACUAGCCCGGCUCCAUAAUGGAACAGCCCGUAACUCUUCUCAUCGCUAUGUGCAGGACAGUCGUCAAGAUCGUGUGAACAGUUGGAGAGAUUUUAAACAAGGCAAAAAGAAGCCGAAAAAAACUGGAGGAAAGCUGCUUAAACCUCCUAAACUUAAUCCAGAAAAGAGAACGUAACUUUUAGAUUACUGCUUAUUGAGAAAUGAUUCUCGGUCAGUAAACGAGAAAAACGGCUUCAUAUUUCGCAAAUUUUCUUCCACUCGAGCGGGCUCGUAUAUUCAGCGGACAUUUCGCACAAAAACCGGGACCAUUCUAUUGUAUCAGCACAAUGUGAAACGCAAAGCUUUCAAUUUUUCACCGGAAUUCCGCUGGAAAAUGCGCCUGCUGUACUGGGAGGAAGUAUGUGAUAUGAUGAUAGCUACAGUAUACUUGUUAUAACAUAUCCGUGCUGUCUGAUUAUGUGAUGACGUUUUUCACAGUGCAUGUUGCAACUGAACGUAUUCUUGCUUGAGGUGGAUUUUUACAAGAACAUUGUAAAAAUAUUCAUACAAAACUGUGUGGUACAAAUGAAAUGUUUAUUAUGUGAAAUAGUCUUACCCUGAAAAUAAUUGCUAAAUCUCUUGUUAAGGCCCGAUUCCACGAGGCGGAAUUUUUCGACCGAAAAGAAAUUUCUCUUUGUCUUUUUACAAUUAGUUCUGCUCGAGAGCUCAUGAAACAAAGGGAAAUUUCGAUUCGGUCGAAAAAUUUCGCCUAGUGGAAAACCGCCUUUAAGACUGACCAUAUUGUACUGUAUAUAGAAACUAUUGGUUUAUGCUAAAUGAAAACUUUUCUUAAACCUUGAAAUAUAAUUGUGGU